UCUGCCAUAAACUUUCGAACUCCACAUUGCUGCCACAGACCCUCCUUUCCUCCAAAAGAAAACCAGAGCAACAGGAUUGAACCUGUUCAUCUACAGAUUCAGCCUUGUGUCCACUGGCAACCGGAUCACCUCCUCCAUCAUCACAACAACCAUUCCUCCCCGCACGGCUCUCCACUCCACCUUGCGGUACUGCCGUCCUUCCUUCCUCUCUCCUCCGCACCUCUCCCCUCUCUCUGCACUAAUCCCACCCACGCUUCGGCAUGGAGAAGGUGCAGCACAUCACACGGGCGGCCAUUCGGCGGGCGUCCAUCAUGGAGGUUCCCCAGCAGGCCAAGCAAAACAUGCAGGAGCUCUUCGUCAACUUCUGCCUCAUCCUCAUCUGCCUGCUGCUCAUCUACAUCAUUGUCUUGCUAAUCUCUUUCCACGGCAUGUGAGAGACCGACGGCGCGAUGUAACCUGCUCGUCCUCGUUUUCACUGGCAAACGAGAAGAACUUCCACCUGGGGCCGAAUACGCUUGCGCUACACGGCACCACGGCUGAACCCCAACAACCCUGGAAAUCUCCCACCCAUCAGCAUGGAUCUGACCAAUAACAGAGGACUAAACCUGCUGCUCAACUUCAUGCUUAUUGUAGUGGCUCUACUGCUCAUGCUCAUUCUGGUCAAGCUCAUGUGACCCGAAAAUGGCCCAAAAUGAGAAUAAUCAGUAUAAAAGACUCCCACUCACUCUACCUCCAAAACCAUUUUAAAAUUAGGCUGAUUUCUACUAAACAUCAGACAAACCUGUGCAUGACUGACAGGCAGAAAAUGUUUCUGAUUGGUUAGUAUACUAAAGUGGGCUAAUCCCGUUACUCUUUUUAUCUUUUUUUUUUGGGCUGUCACUUGAGACUUUUGAGUCAGGACACAUAUUUCACUUCAUUGAAUCAGGCAGGAGGGACAUUUUGUGAGUCUGGCGUUAAAAAAUGUUGCAUACAACACCUUUAUCCUACAUUACAUGCUUUGCUAGAGCUUAAUGGAGGGGUACAGUAAAUGAUAAAAACUGAUUACCACCUCUCCAUAUUCAAAUAAAGAAAACAGAAAAACACUUAAUCAAAAUGGACUAAAAAUGCUCCUACAUUUUAGCUCAAAUUAUAGUGAGGCUUUAAAACUGACAGGAAGUAGGUCCACAUCAUUGCUUGCAGUCUCACUGCACCCUCUAGUGGUUGUUGCCUCUUACUGCUCACGAAAACAACAACAUAACUAGGAUUAAAAAUGGGAUUUAUCUCAAAACAAGAUUCUUUUUCUUUGAACAGCAGGUUUGGAUUUAAGUACAUGGCCAAAUGAAAAUAUAGACAAGCUCUCAAAUCACAUGACAUGCCACUGACACUAUUCUUAAAAAUAUUACAUAUGCAUUUUUUUUUUCCUGCAAUAAAAUCAGUAGAUAUGCAAUCCUAAUUGGAUGUAUUUCAUAAAUAGAAGGACAUAGUCAUGGUUUUAAUGAGAAAGCACACUGGUUUGCCUAUAAUAUAAUCAAAGUUGCAACCUUUUUAAAUUAUUUAUACAAUCACAAUCACUGUGUUCUUGAAAAUUUCUGUGUGAAUAUAUUUAUGAAGUAAUGAUAUACAUGUUCAAAAAUAGGAAUGAAUUACUGUGCAGUGCAGGUGUUGAGAAAUAAGACCGAAUGGAAGUAAACAAUGCAAAUAAAACAGUUCCACUGAUAA